UCAAAUUAAAGGGAAAAAAGAAAAACAAUCUCCAUGGAAACAAAAACCAAAACUUGAACUAAGCAAUCUUUUUUACAAGCAACGAAGGCGGAGACGUCGUCGUAUCGAACCAUGUCAUACGACUAUCUUUUCAAGUACAUUAUCAUCGGCGACACUGGCGUGGGAAAAUCAUGUUUGCUCUUGCAGUUUACGGACCAGAGAUUCCAACCCGUUUAUGAUCUAACCAUCGGUGUUGAAUUCGGUGCUCGGUUGGUCUCCAUUGAUGACAGACCCAUCAAGCUUCAAAUCUGGGAUACCGCUGGACAAGAAUCCUUCAGAUCCAUCACCAGAUCUUACUACAGAGGAGCGGCAGGAGCCCUUCUGGUCUAUGAUAUAACCAGGAGAGAAACGUUUAAUCAUCUGAUGAGCUGGUUGGCCGAUGCUCGACAGCAUGGGAAUCCGGACAUGGUGGUCAUGGUGGUCGGAAACAAGUGUGAUCUUGCUCAACGGAGAGCAGUUAGCAAAGAAGAUGGAGAGAAGUUUGCAAAGGAUAAUGGGCUUUUAUUCUUGGAAACAUCUGCAAGGACUUCUCAAAAUGCCGAGGAGGCCUUCAUCAUGACUGCUGCUCAAAUACUUAAUAACAUUAAAGAAGGGAUCUUUGACGUGUUUGAUGAGUCAUCCGGCAUCAAGAUCGGCCAAGGUCGUGGACAAGGUAUAACGGGUGCAAGAGAUCGAACCCGCGGUCAGAGAGGUGUCUGUUGCAGUCAGUAGGCAAAACAAUACAUGCCCGUAUUUGACCCUUCAAUCCAAUUCAUUUCUCACCACAUUGCUUUGAUUCAUAUAUUCUUGAAGGUGGUUCCAUUAGCAAGAACAUGGAACGUAUAGAACUAGUUCUCUUUUUUCUUUGUAUUUAA